AUGGUGGACAAGUUAGUUUUAGGUCAAGCACCGGGCCAAGAACAGUCUGGUCAUGAAUCGGAACUUUACUCAUAUGCGCCUCUUAACAAGAGACAGAUACGUGUACUGGACCUGAGUCCUGCUAGCCGUGAGACAGACCAGCUACGAGGAAAGCUACUCGUGAAACACUUGGAAGAGUUACCUCCGUGUCGCAAACCUUUCACUUCACAUGUGGCAGAGCUGAUUGACCCAACCAAACACGUCUGCUUUGAAGCCGUUUCCUACGUGUGGGGUGAAGCCAGCUUCACUGAGUGCCUCGUCACACCCAGUGGUUUUAUCCGCAUCACACCGUCACUCACUUCAAUUUUACGGCGUGUCCGCCAUCAUGAGGAAUCUCGUCUCUACUGGGUUGAUGGCUUAUGUAUCAACCAGAACGAUAUAUCUGAAAAAGAGAUCCAAGUCCCUCUUAUGGGAGUGAUAUACGCCUCAGCCUUGCGUGUUCUUUGCGACGUGUGUGAUGAAAAUGAAAACAUCAAUCGGCUGUUGGACGCCAUGGAACGACACUGGAAGAAGAAUAUUCGUCGUGGAUUUGAACUGGCACAGAGUCGCUCAAUGACCCUUUCAAAAGAAACGACCGCAGCGAUAAUGGGUGUCCGUCUUCCCACCCAAGAGGAGGCAGACGAGAUCCAAGGUUUCGAGACGGAGGACUGGGCUGAAGAAUUUCUCGAGUUCAUAUCUUUGCCUUGGUUUCAUCGUCUAUGGAUCCUUCAAGAGUUUGUUCUUGGUCGCGAUGUCACCAUGAUAUUUGGCCAUCGACAUUUACCAUGGGGAGAGCUUUGGGCAGGUACAUCUGGGUACUCGGGCUCUUCAUGGCCAUGGGAUUCAAUGGAACUAGCCAAGCCAGAGAACGUUACCAGGCUGACGUCGCUGAGCUCGAUCUGUUUCAUCCGCAGCUGCAGGAUCAUUGAUCCGAACACAACACAUGGCCGCGAUUUCAUGAAGGCCACUAGAGUCUUGAUUGGAGGUGCAGAACUCAGUCAAACUCAGCUUCCCAUGUAUCUUAUGGCUGGCUGCUUCAAGGGCUGUACGGUCCCUCGUGAUCGGUACUUUGCUAUACUGGGCCUCGUAGAUGAAGCGAGCGACGGGAAGAUACAUGACCUGCAGGUUGACUACACAUCUCCCAUUAGAGAUAUUACCAUGCGAUUUUGGAAGCACGCCUUGCAGCUUAGUUCUGGCGGAGAACUUGUCCUCCUCGCUGGAAUGGCGGGUCGAAGUGACGGGUAUCCCUCGUGGUUGAGGGAUAUCACUGUACCCAGUCCUUUGGGUUCCGUCUGGCAGUCGGGCCCAUUAAGUAACGCUUGGCAUAAGGCGGGUGGAGAUCUUGAUAGUUGGUCUGCAAGAUUCGAUAACAACGAUCCCGACCAGAUGAUUGUUCAAGGUUUUUUUGUUGACACCAUUGCCGAGGUAUCAAGUAUGAAACCAAAUGAAGUCUUUGAAAUGGAGGACAUGAUACUCUGGUUUGCCAAAGCCAUGGACUUUUUCACUUCUGGGCACGAGACGGACAUGCAAUAUUCGUGGACUGGUGAACAUGUUCAAGACGCAGCGAUGAAGACAGUCUUUGACAUCGGCUCGCAAGAAGCACGCGGCGAUUCUUUUUCCUCAAUCUGCCAGCUUGGUCAAUCUCUCCUCUCAAUUCUCGCGUCCCACCCCGACAAAGGUCAAGACAUGAUGGAAGCCAUCAUCGCCGAAGCUGAAGAUAAGAUAGAGACCCUUACGGAACUACUCACACAGAUCUUCUCAACGAGUGGUCUACGAGUUUGCAAGACGGAGAAAGGAAUGUUUGCAAUGUUGCCAAAGGAGGUACGUGCAGGAGAUUCUGUUUGGGCCCUGAAAGGUUGUCGCUUGCCUGCUAUUCUACGAUCGAGUCCUGCAGUGUCUGGAUCGUAUGAGGUUGUCGGCUUUGGAUACGUGUAUGGAAUCAUGAAUGAGGAAGUCAUGCAGAUGCCAGGAUUUGAAUGGAGGGAUAUCUGUUUGCGGUGA